AUGCUCUGUAUUCAUGAAAAUUCGAAUGAAUGUCCAUGUCCAAAUGAAGAUGUUCCACCAGGUGUUACACAAUCAUCAAUGGUUAGCCUUGCUUCACAUGAUAAAUCAACAUCUAUGUCUCCAUUACAAACUUUAACUGAUGAAGAUUCUUCUAUACCAUCAUUCUCAUUAGGUAAUGAUAAAAGUUGUUCAAAGGAGAACGAAUAUAACCAUUCUUCUUAUAUAUCAUUUGCUGAAGUAUUGAAAGAGAAUUAUCAAUUAAAAAAACAAAUACAAUUUUAUAAAUCUCAAUGGAUGCCGAAACCUACGAGUUCGGAAGCGCAAGCUUCUUCUAAAUUUACUCAAUCAGUUGAUGUUAUCUCAACAAAUUCCAUUAAAACAAUGGAAAAAAAAUCGAAACGUAAACGAAAACAAGAAAAAAUUCGUCGUCGUUUGAAAUUAACAAAGAAACAAUUAAAAGAAUGCAAACAUGACAUUGAUAUUAGAAGAACUUGCCGAGCAAUUACAAAAUGUUUAUAUUCUGAUAUUCAUAUACAAGCUUCUAUGUCUAUUUCACGGAUGUCAAAUCAACAAAAAUCUGAUAUUAGAGAAUAUGCUAAAAUGCUACAUCCGGAUCAACGUCAUGAUGGUAUUUCACAAAAAGUAGUUGAGUUAGUGAAAAGUAUUAUUGAGAAAGCAUUUGAUAAUAAAAAAACUCAUGAGAAAAGAUUAGAAAAUCGUCAGCAUGAUCAAACGAAAAAACAAGCAACAAUAGAAAUUGAAAAGAUAGCAACCACAUCAGAACAAAAAUAUGUAGAAACAUUACAAAAUAAAUACAAAAGAACAUUAGACUUAAAAUUACAAUUAAAUAAAUUAGAAAAGAGAUUAUUUGAAAAUAUGCCACCACUAUCGCUUAACAUCUUCGAUAAAUUACAAUUACAUGCAAAAGAAGUUAAAUCAGAUAAUAAUCAGUUGAAAUCACUUCGAAAACAAUGGACAAAUAGAUUAUGA